GUAAUUAUAGUGGCUGAAAAAUUUGAGUUACCAAAAAAUCUUCAAGACCAAUUGAGGAAAGCAAUAAGCGUUGUAAAUAAUAAGACUCCAGAAACUUUUGAAGAAUAUCGUAAAAAAAUUGAUGUGCAACUUAACAAGUCUAAAGAGUUUGAUAAAAAAGCUUUGAAGAUUAAUGACUUUAUUCAUAUGAUCUGUUCAGCAACCUCGCUAAUUAAGGAAUUGAUGAAUAUGAACAUAAAAAGUACUGGUAUUAGUCCAAAUAAAAUAGACUUAGUUGACAGGAUUGAUCAAAAUUUACUUAAAUGGAUUGAAGAUUAUAUUAAUAUUGCUAGAAAAUUUAAACAGUUUUAUGAAGACCUUGACGAUUUCAAUAAAAAUGAUGAUCUUGUUCUCUUUAAUAUUAAAGAAAAAUUAUUAACAGAAGUCAAUGAUGUUAGAAAACACUUGACUAAAAAGUCUAAUCAAUUGGACAAACUAUGGCAUUUAAAUAAGGAGGAUAUUAAAAAGAAAAUUGAUAAAGACUUUCUUCAUGUUAUUCAAUUAAAAUCAACGUAUGAUUUAACUACUGAAUUGGAAUGUAUAAGGGAUAGAUUCAAAUUUUUUGAUCCAACCUUCAUUCAAAGAAUAUCAGAUUUUUAUGAAAAAUUGACUUACGAAUUAAAACUAAAUAAUGAUUUGGUAAAAAUUUUUAGAGAAUGUGAACCAUACUUAAAUGAUUAUUGUUUAAAUUGUAUUAUAGAAAAUUUGUCAAAAAUA